GCCUGAUACUGUGGUAUCCCUUUGAUAUGGGACGAUGGCAGACUGCGGUGUCUGCAUCGUGUGCCCAAGUAGUCUGAUCGAUAAUUCUCGAGGUCGUUUUUUGCAUUGGAUCUUGUCAGGGAAUAAAGUUACCUCGACACUCAAUGAGCUUGCUUCGAUCGAUUUGCUCACCCGGUCUUGGGAGGUGGCCAUACACUUGCCAGUCGGGACUUGGAGAGCGCCAGAAGGGGGGCGUUGAAUGCAACGAUGUUGUCAUGCCACGACCUGGUCUCAUCGGGUGACUCCAUUGGCGCUUCACUGGUUAUGCAGCACCAGCCUUCAUAUUAACCGAGGAUAUGGGACAUUGUACGCGUCUCGUCCACAUUCUACAUGCACAAACCUGCAGUUGUCUCUUCCACGGCCAUAAGAGUCGUGACCAAUGCAACGCACCUAUGUCGGACAUGCAUACUUUAGCCAUGCACAAACCUGACUUGGA